UAUUAAUCCUAACCUGACGAUCUUCGAAAUGUGUUAUCCUUUAUUUCUUUGAAUGCAAUGAGCUAUUAGCGUGAAUUAGAAGAAUUUUUCUCGUAAUUAUUCUAAUUUUAUUCUUUAAUCUCUUGCAAUUUUCAAAUUAGUUUUUAAAUGAAUCUAAACAGAACAUUGUAUUUUAAUCAUCUUAUGUAAAAUGUCAAUUAUUAUUGGCACAUAGGCAAAGAGAUAAUAAAAAGAAAAAAUAUAUAUAUGUAUGUAUGUAUGUUUGUAUGUAUAUAUAUACAUAUAUAUAUAUACAUAUAAAUUUAUGUGUAUACAAUAAGUGAAUAUACAAAGAAGAGGGAAAAAGUGAAAAAAACGUAGGGGAAUAUUCGAAAGAAGCUUUAAGGGAAAAGAAUAAGAAGCUACUUUGUUGUGUCUAAAAAAGUAUUCGAUUAAAUAAAAAAAAUGAUGAAACGAGAAACUAAUAGUUUCGAUCGAAUUUUCGUGAGUGGAUGUAUUGUACUUCUGUUUUUUAAAAAUGUUCAUACUUAUCCACAUGAAGAAUUUCAAUCCUCAAAAUCAUCCAUGGAUAAAAAUUGGGAAUUGAAUAAUAAUGUCUCAGCACAACAUGCAAUUCAGUCUAAAAUUAUUACACAUAGAGAGGUUCAAUCAUCAGGAUCUACAACAAACCAUAUGUAUGGUCAGGAUAUGAGUGUAAGAGAUGGAAAAUUUGUUUUUCCUACGGAAGAUAUACCAACAAGUCAGUCACACAAAGCAACAUUAUUAUUACCAGCACCAGUUUGUAAUGGAACAACUUUUUGUGAAAAAGUAUUUGAAUAUCCUGAAGAAAUAAUAAAUGCUGCAAUUCAGCGAAAUAAUAGUAUUAAAUAUUUAGCAACUGUAGAUACGAUACCUGAUAUUGUACAAAGAGUUGAUACGACAGAUGAUGCACCUCUUUGUUUAUCUAGUGAACAAGUAAUUUAUCCAAAAUCUGCAGAAAGUAAAAAUAAGGAAUGGUUAUUUAUUGUAAAUCAAGAAAAUUUUAAGCAAGGUGUACGAAUUGAAACAUGCAGUAAUGAAAAUAGUGAGUGUAAUAUAGUCAAUGGCCUUGCUGAAGGCUAUAAAACUUCAUGUAAACAAAAGUACAUUUACCGUCAGUUAGCUGCUGUUUCAAAUAAUGGUAAGAUUAAUCCAGAAAUGUUUCGUUUCCCAUCAAGUUGUUGUUGUCAUGUUAAAUUUAUUGGAAAUUCAUUGACCAGAAUGGGAAUAAUUGGUAAUCAAAGAAGUCAAAAAACUGAGAUAAAAAAUCGUAAAUAGUAAACUAUGAUUUUUAUGAUGCGUUUAUAAAAUUUAUGUCCCAUAUUUUACUUCACAAAAAUUUUACUGAAUUUCCAAUAAAUAUUUUCAUUUUUAUUAAGCAAAUAAAAAAUUACAUUAAUAUAUAAUAAAUAUUUUAUGAUUAUUAAUCCCUAAAGGUUCAUAUAUAAGUGUUCUCAACAACAUUCUUUAAACCAUUAGGGGUUAAUAUUAAACAAUUUUUUAUAAUGUAUAAAAUUAUGAUCUUAUUACAAUAAAAGGAAAGAUUAACAAUUCAUGUUAAACAUAGAAUUUAUACAAUGUUAUGAAUUUCUUAUAUAAUAUUUAUAAUAAUACAGUAAAUAGUUAAUUAAUUUGAGCAAAUUAUAUAUUUCCUUAAUUAAAAACAUAAAAUGUACAAUAGAUUAUAUCAUAUGAAAGUAACAAAAUUUGUUUACACAUUUUAAUAAUG